GAAAUAACGUGACGGUGAGCUGUCGGUAUCCUCAGUCAACAAGUCCUGUCAUAAAUGAUGAAUUAUUUUAGAUAAAGAUACAACUGCCAAAUAGUAUAAAAACAAUUGCCAAUCAUGAUGCAUGACGUGGAGGAAGAGGAGGUGACGUUUGAUGAGGCAGGUCUCCUUGACAAUAAACAGAAGAGGUCAAGGUCAUCAGUAUGGUGUCAGAGUAUGAUCAAGAUACUCUGUCUCUCAUUGGCAUUCUUUAGCUUGGGUCUGUGUAUUGCCAUUCCGGGCCCUACCCUGAUAGACCUUGGAGAACGGGUUCAGUCCGACACCACCCACAUGGCCUUGGUGUUUACCGCCCGCUCUGUUGGCUACUUGUUAGGGGCCCUUGUUGGAGGAUUCCUGUUUGACAUAUUUGACAAACAACUGUUGCUGUGUGUAACACUGUUUCUGGCCUCCCUGGCAACAUGUGUGAUUCCCUGGGCACUGACCCUGGUAGUGCUGGCUGUGAUGUUCUCUCUCCAGGGCAUAGCCAUGGGUGUACUGGAUACAGGUGGGAAUGCUCUGUGUGUGAGAAUCUGGGGCAAGAGGAGCUCACCAUAUAUACAGGUCAUGCACUUUGCUUUUGGAAUUGGAGCUUUUAUUGCACCACUGUUGUCCCAGCCUUUUCUCCAUGAAGUUUCACUAGCCAACACUUCUAGUACAAACCCUAUCACAGAUGGUAGCCAAAUAUUGAGACUACUGAUAAACAACGGUUCAUCUUUAAGGAUCAAACGUGAAGAUUUAAAAAGUGGUCAAAAUCUGACAAAAUCUUUAAAUGAUUCUUCAAGUUUCGUGACGUCCCUGAAAACCAGUACUUCUCCUCCUGUGUCCAUGGAAAGUAAUGAUAGUGUGACAACUCUGGCCCCUACUACCACAACUGUGAAGAUCAGGAAGCCAAGUGCUAAUGAUCUACCUCUUGCACCAGGUUGCGCUGAUGGCGGAUGUGCAAAGAACAAGGAUGAUAUGACUGAUAGUGAUAAAGCGGCCCCACCUGUCCCACCUAUGUCAUCUCCAGACUCAAAGAAGUCAAGCAUCACCUUGACUCCGACUACGGUGAGUCAGGGUUCUGGGAAUGCUUUAAAUGAUAGUUUCAACGGUACAUCUGUUGAUAAUACCAACGAUAAAUCUACACCAAUCAUUUCAACAAUCUCUACCCUUCCACUUUCUACACCACCAAAUCAAGCUACAACAACUACUUCAAUUCUCAAAGCAACUACCACAACUCCAAAACCAACUACAACAACUCCGAAACCAACUACAACAACUCCAAAACCAACUACUACAACUCCUAAACCAACUACAACAACUCCAAAACCAACUACUACAACUCCUAAAUCAACUACAACAACUUCAAAACCAACUACUACAACUCCUAAACCAACUACUGCAACCCCUAAACCCACAACUCUUCCCAUUGAUAUAGCUGAUUGUUUGCUUUGUGCUGGCGUGAAUAAAAGCCUUUUGAAUAUUGAUGACGUUCAGGAAACAUCUACUGCUGUCAACCAAUCAGAUGUCACAGACAUCACUACUGUAACCAUGGAGACAAGCACAGCCGUAAAACCUCAGACAGUUGGGGAUAUGUUUAACACUAUGGUCCAGUCUGUUAAGAACAUGUCAAAGAUUCAGUUCUCCUAUACCAUCAUAGCGGCACUUUUACUGGUGAAUGCUGUCAUCUUCCUGAUUCUGUUCUGUUACGACAAGAAGAAGGGCGACCUUGAUCUCAUAGCUCAGAGGGAGAAGGAGGACUAUGUCCAGAACACGUGUGUACGACUUGUCAUCCUCCUUGUCAUGUUUCUGUUCUUCCUGUCUUAUAUUGGCAUGGAGACGACCUAUGGUGGUCUCAUCAUGACCUUUACUGUGGAGUACAUGGAUUGGAAUAAGAAUCAGGGAGCCAUUGUGACUGCCAUUUUCUGGGGCUCCCUGGCUGCUGGGCGGGGAUUUUCUAUCUUCAUAGCUGGAUGUUGUAAACCACACUGCAUGUUAAUAAUUGAUCUCUUUCUCGUCAUAGGUGGGGCCACAAUGUUAAGUUUUUUUGUUCAAAAGUACAGUUUUAUUCUCUGGCUGGGGACAUUAUUCCUCGGACUGGGGAUGUCGUCCAUUUUCCCCACAGGACUGGCCUGGACAGAACAGUAUUUCCGAAUGACCGGGAAGUCCACUGCAGUGCUAGUAACUGGCUCUGCACUCGGUCAGAUGAUCAUUCCUGUAGCUACAGGAUAUACUUUUGAAAAGAUAAACAAAAUGUACCUGAUGUAUGUUGUGUUGAUACUGAGUGUGUUCUGUACAGUGCUGUUUAUAGUAAUGCAGCUAUUGGCAUCCAAGUGCAGCAAGAUGUCUGUCUCACAGAACGGAUUUAUGCCUUUACGCAGUGAGGACAGUAUAGAGCUGGAUGGCAUGUCCUACGGUACUACAGAGGAGUCGACGCGGCGAAGACUCCUUCCAUCUUACAACGAUGUGGAGUAUGACCAACUACCACAAGAUGGUGAUUUUGAAUUAGAUUAAAUUUCCAAAUGUAAUGCAGCUUUCAUGCAGGUAAUAUAUUGAUCAUAUGUUUCCUCUAAAAACAGAUUCACUGAUCAGAGAUUGUUUUCACAAUUCUAUGUGAUUUCAGAUUCCAGUAUAUAUACUCAGCGAUGUGAUAUAUCAUUUCAGGAUGUUAUUUCAAAAACUUUAAAGUUGAAACUUUAACCUUAUUGUCAGUGUGAAACUGAUCACUUUUGGAUAUCUGUGUUUCGUCAAUAAUUCCUGUACUAGGAUUUUUUAAGGUAGAUCCUGGAACAUCUGUUUCAAAUUGUCCCAUUCUUAUAGGAGAUACAUACUUUAUACCGAAAAGUUUCGCCCUACGCUGGGAAAAUCCGUUUUCGCCCAGUGCUAAUUUCACCCUGUACAUUUGAUAACAAUGUCUGUCAUGUUGUUUACUAUGUUCACUGUAAUGACAAAUUUGUCUUCAUUAUGGAGGGCAAAAAAAGGGGAAUGAUUAUAAGCUGUGGCAAAAAUAUCAUGCCACCAGGGUAUAUAGUAGUGGCUUCUCAAAAUAUAGGUGAGUCCCACUGGAGAAUCACUGUUCCUGUUUUAUAAUCACUUCAAUAUACAGAUUAUAUUGUUUACUCUUUGUUCUUUCCUGUCAUACUAUAAGGCAUCAACAAAACCAGUUUCUGGUCCCUAGAGCAACAUAUGGUGUUUAUGAAACAGGGUGUUUUAAUAUAUUCCAAGUUUACAUUAAAAUGAGCCUCUGGUAAAGAUGUAAUACAUGUAUAGCCUAAUGGAACAAAUUCAUCUCUCAUGUUUUUAAUGCUAUUAUUUUUUUAUUAUUCUAGGAUUGUUUACAAACAUUCUUUAAUAUUUCAUACAUGCUGUAAAUCAAAAUAACUGCAGAGAAAUUAAUAUUGUAUGUCAUGCAUGACAUUAACAGAGAAAACACGACUCCAGAUGAUUUGAUCAUUGUUGUGAAUACAUACAAUUGUGUGAAAUGAAAUCCUUGUGUCCACUGUUAAUUAGUUCACAAAUUCAUCAACUUCACAAACUCAUGGACUUCACAGACUCAUGGACUUCGCAAACUCAUCGACUUCACCAACUCAUCGACUUCACCAACUCAUGGACUUCACCAACUCAUGGACUUCACAAACUCAUGGACUUCACAAACUCAUCGACUUCACAAACUCAUCGACUUCACACCUUCCUUCAGAAUUCCUCAAGUGUUUAAGACAGGACAUUUUGUACAGUUAUUUCCCUGGUAAAAUGAACCUACAAUAUUGCUUUAGGGUUGUAUAGCUAUGUCUGUGUCGUGUUACACACAGUUGUGUGGUGUUUAAGGAGGGUGAAGGUGUAGGGGGCCUCCCCAAGUAAAAGGGUGUUCAAUAUCCACUGAGACACAUUUGUGUGUGUUAUUAUUGCUGUUUUCUUGUCUACAAGAAGCAAAAAAAAUAUCAGAUUAUGUUUUUUUCUUGUGUUUUAAAAUAUAUUUUGAUUUUGCAGAGGGGAAUUGAAUUUGCUGUCACGGAGUACAUCUUUUGUGAUACCUUCUCCGAGUUUUAAACAUAUCUGUAUAUAUAUUCAAGAAAAUGUACAAUCAUGUACCAUCACUUACUGCUUGUAAAAUUGUCUGGUGGUCGAGGGUGUUACACCUCAGGGAUAAGGAGAUAUGGAGUGUUAAAUAUUUAGGCUAGGUGGUCUCCUCAUCCCUAUCCAAUUAACGGUUUUCAAAAUAUUGUAUUUAUGAUCAUUUGCAAUUUUUCAGGAUUCAAAUGUCUCGGGAUCUUGACAUAGGGUUUCUUCGAUAAUGCCCUGGAUCCUAACCGGGCCCCAGGAUCAUAAAACAGUCUUAAGCCUAAAAUUGUCUUAAAAUUUGACCUAGCGAAUUACAAAUAGUGUCAUAAAAAGUGACAUCAUAUGUGACUGGCUAAGCGAAAACUUGGGUCUAAGAUUGUUUCAUGAUACUGGGGCCAGGAGGCUAUCAUUUUCUGCUUCCUUGAACUAAUUUCAAAGUUGCUGUCCUUCCCAUAUAUUUUAAUUGUACAAAACAAACUCAACUCAUAUAAUGUUGUCAUCUAAUGAAAAUUGAAAUAUGCAUGUGUGUACAUGUGUAGCUGUACCCCAUGGAUACGUGAGAAUGUGUUGUUGUGUUAUAUGGGUAGGGCUAGAUUAUAAGAGAAUGUGUUGUUGUGUUAUAUGGGUAGGGCUAGAUUAUAAGAGAAUGUGUUGUUGUGUUAUAUGGGUAGGGCUAGAUUAUAAGAGAAUGUGUUGUUGUGUUAUAUGGGUAGGGCUAGAUUAUAAGAGAAUGUGUUGUUGUGUUAUAUGGGUAGGGCUAGAUUAUAAGAGAAUGUGUUGUUGUGUUAUAUGGGUAGGGCUAGAUUAUAAGAGAAUGUGUUGUUGUGUUAUAUGGGUAGGGCUAGAUUAUAAGAGAAUGUGUUGUUGUGUUAUAUGGGUAGGGCUAGAUUAUAAGAGAAUGUGUUGUUGUGUUAUAUGGGUAGGGCUAGAUUAUAAGAGGAUGUGUUGUUGUGUUAUAUGGGUAGGGCUAGAUUAUAAGAGGAUGUGUGUGGUUAUAUAUGCUAUAACACAGUUUGACAUAUAGCUAAGUUCUCCACACUUAACAUGGAAACAUAUUUGUGUGUAUGAUUGUUUGAACUGUGUUGAUAAAUCCACUGAAUUUCAUUUGCUUUGUAUGAAGCAGGUUUUGGUAAUUUUGUGUUUUGCCUGAUCAUACAAACAUGUAUAUUAUAUACCUAAACUAUCUGAUUUAGCCCUCUGCGAUUGUUGCAUAUCUACAAAAAUCAUAUUGUUUAAAUUAUAUACACUUACAUGAAGUGUAGAUAAACUAUUUUUCUUAUUAAUUGAUAUACAUAGUCUUUGAGAGCGAAAUAUGAAGGAAAGUACAGUGAAAGAAGAAACAGCUUAUAUGAUAUAUACAAUGUAUUCAAAAAAUGAUUAUCAGUUUGGUCAUGGGAGAUAUCACAUUUGUGUAAAGUUCGAGAAUUUCUUUUCUGUUGAUUUGAAAGCUUGUUAUAGGGUGAUUAUAUUGUUGUCUAUGCUAAAUCAUGGAGAUAGAUCGUAAAAUACUCUGAUGGAAUCUUCUUUCAAAUCGAGGAAAACAAUGAUUACGAUAAUAGCACAAUUGGAUGGUUUGAGGUUGUAUAAAUAGACAGAAGGACACUGUUAGUUGUAGCGGUAAGCUUUAAACAUCCUGUAUUUGUUAGAUUUACCUGUCUCCUUAUACACAUGUUCAGUGUUGCUCCGAGACUGACCACAGAAAGUAUCACAAAACAGAAUAUACAUGAUUUGGGAAGUGUGUUACAGAUGCUGACAGAUUUUGGUAUAUAUAUACGGACACUGUGUUUAUGUUAAGUUUGAUAUAGGUGUAAGUAGAUAAAGACGACAAUGAUUAUAGGUGGAUUACUGCAAUCAAUGGAAUACAUGGGUGUAUUAAAAUAUUCUGAGACUGCUUCAGUUUACAAAUACUGCUUAUACAUAACAGCAGUAUUUAUUAACAAACAUUUUACAAAAAAUAAUUUAUUUUUAUAAUACAUGUAAUUAUAUCAGUAUCAUCAUACAGAUGUAUUUUAUCCUGUACACACCUUGUCACAUUUUAGAUUAUUUUGUAUUGUAUUGUCUAUUGCGUUUCGGGUAGUGCUCAUGCUCAACUAGUAUAGAUACCUCGCUCCUACAACCACCGUAACUUAAGUCCUACGCAGACACUUUACUAUCAUGCUAUUUUCAUCCUCUCUUUAUAUUUCCUAGUCUUUUGUACAUAGCUUUAUUUUACAAGCUCUUUCAUUUGUCUAUAAGCUUGUUUUUAAACUUUCUUUCAAUAUUUUAAUAGAAUAUGUGAUAAUUAUAUGUGAAUGAUAGUGUUAAUUUUGUCUUCCGUUUUUCUCAAUUUUGGUAUAAAAAUGCUCAAUAAUGGUAAAGUAACCGUUUUCACAAUAUUGGUAUAAAAAUAAGAAAAGUUUAUACUUUAAUUUUGGGGCCGAGAGUUGGUGUGCCCUGGGGGAAAGAUUUUCAUCAUUUGAAAGGUCAAAUACCUUUUGGGUGGCUAGUCGGAAAGGUUUGUUUUUUUGAAAAUAUGAGGAAAUAUUAAUGAAAGAAAUAUAUCAACUUAUUUUCUUACCACUUUCAAGGAUGCAGAUGUAAUCAUGGUGUACAGGAUGAUCUUAAGGAGGGCCUCAAACCUGUUCACACCUUUGGGUUUGUAUUUGUGAAAGUUUUUGUCUUUCCGUCCUAAAUUAUUUUGAUUUCUGAUGAUGCCUCUAGCCAAAAAUAUUGUGAUGUAAACAUUUGAUGGAAGUUUUUCCAAAUGUAUAAUUGCAAGAAUUAAAUUGGAGGGUAUAUUGUCUAUCUGGACUAAUACAUAAUGAUGUUUAAAAAACACACCAUAUAUUGGAGAUCUGGCCUGGCUAAAAACCUGAAAGGUUUACUGACCUUGUUAGCGUAACCCCUGGAGUAUAGAGGAUGCUGUGUGCCAGGUGCUCAAAUUAUUUUCGGGGAGGUCCCUGCUAUAAUGUCCUCAAACACAUUUACUUGAUCACAACGAUAGCUAGAAAUCAAACAAUAUGUUAUGAUGAUGUGGAGAGACCACUGUCCUCAAGCAGUACACUUAGUUUUUACAGUUUCUUUAAAGAGCUUUAACCAUUAUUUCAAUGUUAUAGAAAUGUGCAUAAUGUUGCUUUGAGCUUGAUUACAAUAUAUAUUAUAGCAAUACGUCCUUCUGGGCUUGAAGAUAUACCUUCAUGCCACGCAUGUGACACUCCAUUUACAGUGGAACAUUUUUUAAUAGAAUGUUCUGAUUUUA